CGUGACAUUGCAGUGUUCAAAAUGGCUGACGCCGAUGUUGAUGUGGUGGUGAUAGGGGCAGGGCUGAGUGGACUUUAUGCUGCCAAGAUUCUUGAAGAAAAUGGACUGACAGUGAGUGUGGUUGAGGCGAGAGAACGAGUCGGAGGACGGACAUGUACGGUCAGGGGAAGCAGCAACGGUUAUACAGACGUGGGUGCUGGCUACAUCGGCCCGACACAAGACAUCGUCAAAAACCUUGCUACGGAGCUAGGACUGGAGCUCUGUGACGUGUACAAUGAGGGAAACGUAGUCAUGAAUUAUAAGAGUAUUUGGGCAACUUUUCAUGGAAUUAUCCCCCCAUACUGGAAUCCAUUCAAGUUACUGGAUCUGAACAACAUUAUACGGACAGUAGAUGCCAUGGCUAAACAGGUGCCGCGGAACGCCCCGUGGAUGGCACAAAAGGCUGCUGAAUGGGACAGAAUGACGGUGAAGGAGUUCAUUGACAGGACUUGCUGGACGAAUGCUGCCAGAGACAUACUGGUGUUUGUUCGGUCCGUGCUGACGUCCGAACCUCACGAGGUCUCUUUCCUCUUCUUCCUCUGGUUCAUUCAUUCUGGAGGAGGAUUGAUGCGACUAGCAUCGGUCAAAGACGGAGCACAGGAGCAAAAAGUUGUUGGUGGGACACAACAGCUGUCUGAGGGUAUGGUUAAAAACCUAAAAGGCACUGUCCAUCUGUCCAGUCCAGUGGUCAGUGUGGACCAAACCAGGGACAAAGUACUGGUCAAGGAUUCCAAUGGACACCAAUACCAGGGGAAAUAUGUGGUGAGCACGGUUCCUCAAGCGUUACUGAAUAGAAUCAGUUUCUGCCCAUCUCUUCCUGAUCUCAAGUUACAACUUAUACAGAGGAUGCCCAUGGGCUCCAUCAUCAAGACAUUCAUGUUCUACGACACACCGUUCUGGCGGGAAAAAAAGUUUAGCGGAAGCAUUACCUCAGAUUUCGGCCCUGUGACGUAUUGUCUCGAUGACACCAAACCUGACGGAUCCCACCCUUGCAUUAUGGGAUUUGUGCUGGCAGACCAAGCUCGUAACCUCGUAGAAAUGUCAGUGACGGAAAGAAAAACUACUUUAUGUCAGUAUUACGCAAAAGCAUUCAAAAUGGACAGGUUCAUGCAGCCCACAGAUUACAUUGAGAAGAACUGGAUGGAGGAUGAGUUCUCUGGGGGCUGUUAUUUAGGAGUGAUGCCCCCGGGAGUACUUACUAAAUAUGGAAGAAUGCUGAGGAAACCAAUAGGUCGUGUCCAUUUUGCUGGGACAGAAACAGCUACCGAAUGGAUUGGAUACAUGGAUGGAGCUCUCCAAUCAGGAGACCGGGCAGCACACGAGAUCUUGGACAAACUUGCGAUCCAGUGGUUAGAAUCGGGUAGAGGCAGCUCGGCGAUAAUCAUCCCGUCCCCGUCGCUGUCCGAGAUGAUCCUGCCGUCGGUGAACGCCAUCUUGUACGCGUCUACUGGUGCAGCCGUCAGUUAUCUGGCUUAUCUCAUCUACCCAUACUUCUUUGGGUGGCGCUGGAAAGUCACCUCUUACAUGUUUGACAGGAUGUUUAAGAAUUAAUCAACAUAUGUACAUGUGUUAUGGUGGAACAUAUAAUGAGGGUGAGAAAAUGUUGGGGAAAUGAUCAGUGAAGGCCACUUGCGUUGAUAAUUUUCCAACUUUUUUGAAUGCCAAGUUAUUUUUUCCACCAUAAUAUACAAACAGAUAUUGAUUAUAUGUAUUCUACCAGGAAAACUGUGAUGAAAGUUUUUGCUUGUCUGCCAAAGUGUCUAUACGCCUGUAAUGAACAAGGUGACCUGGAUAAUCUUAUCAUUAGGCUGUGCAAACCUUUUUCACGUGAUGCCUAUGUGUUAAUUCCUCAACAAACUGCAUUUUCUUUUGAUAAUUUCUGACCAUGUGAACAGUUGUCUUAUUUUGUCUGUUUAAAAUGGAUAUAUUUAAGAAGGAUUUUUCUUUUUCAGUCACCAUUUGGUUGACAAACAAACAAAACAGAUUUCAUGCUUUAUACCAGAUGUUUAUUUCAAUCAAAACCACUAAUCUAUCAACAUUGCUACGGUAAUCAGCACAUGAAAUCAAAAUUUGACACAUUGAAAA